AUGGGCCCACUCCAAUCAGAAGCAUUACAUGCAUACAAAGCUGUUAUAAAGGCAAUGGUUCGAAGUAAUAAAAAAUCAAAAAUUGCACUGCGAUUGGGUGAGAAAAAGCAAGAAAUUGCGGUUCUGACAUAUAAACGCAUGAAUGUGGUCAGAGAAAUGAACGUGAAGAACAUAGACGUGUUGCGAAAGUCAAGAUUAGUUAGAGACUUGCAAAGUUUGAAUCGUAAAGUAGAAACACUGAAAAACAGCGAUCCAUCUAGGGACAGAAAGCUGCAUUUCAUCGAAGACAGUGGAUCGAUAAAGAAAGAGUUCCUGUCACAUGCGUUGAAUGAAAGGAAUAUCAUCCACUUCAAAGACGUGGCAUCAUUUCUGACGAAUCAAAGAGAAUACGAUGAGUUAAUUGAAAGGUACAACCCAGGUACGAAACUGUCACAGGAGGAAAUCGUCAAACGUACAGCGGAAAGGGUUGGAUUGAAUGUGCCCUUUCAGUGA